AAAAUGAAACCGAAAAAGUAUAUCAGCUGAAGAGAUAUAUUCAAUUCUUUUGUAUACGUCUAUCCAUGACAGGAUGCAAAUGAUUAUAUUCAGUUUUGUGAGUGAUUUUUUUUUUUUUAAAAAAAAAAUCAAAAGUGAAAUUGAAUCCAUCUUCAUAAUCAUAAAAAUAUUUAUAAAUUGUCUUUUAAAAAUUUUGAUCAAACUUCAUAAUCAUACAUUCAAAGAUAAAUUUAUAAGAAUUUGAUCCAAAAUUUAUGGCGAAAUGAUAGUCUAAUAAGUAUUUCCAACCAUAUAAUAAUAAAUUCAUUCACCUAACUCAACUGCCAUGUUAAUUACUACCCCUACUCCUCUUUCCCCUUUAUAACUCAAACAGAAAAUACACUCAUACAAUCACAGUUUUCUUUUAAUCAUACUACCAUGGCAGAACAAAACAAUAAUACAUCAGAACUCACCAUGGAAGAUGCCUACAAAUACCUCAAAGUCACCAAAAAUCCAGAUGGCUCUCUUACUAGAAGCCCACAAGUUCCUAAUGUCCCUUCAAAUCCAGAAGUUGAUCCAAAUUCACCAAAUAAACUAGUUUCAUUAUCAAAGGACAUACCUCUUAACCCUACCACAAACACUUUUAUACGUCUCUAUCGUCCCGUUUCUCCGCCACCGUCUAACGUUAAAUUACCUCUCAUUAUAUACUUUCAUGGUGGUGGCUUUAUGUUGUUGAGUGUAAGUUCGAUUAUUUUUCAUGAAUCUUGUAAUGUUAUGUCGUCUCAGUUUCCAGCAGUUAUUGCUUCCGUUGAGUAUCGUCUUGCACCCGAAAACCGGCUUCCGGCUGCCUAUGAUGAUGCUGUGGAUGCAAUGAAAUGGGCUAGAGAUCAAGCUGUUAAUGGUGGUGAGCCAUGGUUGAAGGAGUUUGUUGAUUUCUCUAAAGUUUUCUUGAUGGGAAGUAGUUCAGGAGGAAAUAUUGUGUACCAUGCAGGUCUACGUGCACUUGAUAUGGAUCUGGAUCCGAUCAAGAUCGUAGGGCUGAUAAUGAAUCAGCCCUUUUUUGGUGGGGUCAAGAGGACGGAGUCUCAGCUCAAGUUUGUCCAUGAUAAGAUAGUGCCAUUGCAUGUGAAUGAUCUGAUGUGGUCGCUCGCAUUGCCUGAAGGUGCGAAUCACGAUCACGAGUAUUGUAAUCCGUUGAUCAAAGAAGCGGAGUUGAAAGAGAAGAUCAAACGGUUGCCGAGGUGUUUGAUCAGAGGGUAUGCAGGGGACCCACUGGUUGAUGGGCAGAAGAGUUUUGCUAAGAUGGUGGAGUCACAUGGGGUGCACGUGACCCCUCAAUUUCUUGAAACUGGACAUCAUGCUGUGGAGAUCUUUGAUCCAAAAAGUGCUCAAGAUUUGUAUGAUUCUAUAAAGGAUUUUGUCAAAUCUAUUUGUGAUGAAAAUGUGGGCAAAUCAGCUAUGUGAUAAUUAAAAGUGUGGAGUUAAAAAAUUGUUUAAGGUUAAUGUUUUUCCCUUCUCUAUUACUACUGCUAUGUUAGUACUUUUUGUUAAGUAAAGACAAGUCCUUUUGAAUAAAUUUUGUCAGUGGUGUUUGAGAUA